CAUAUCUGCAUUUUUCCUUAAAAUUCCGUUGAAUUCUUUAGUGAAUAUGGGCCGCCCACGCAAAACUAAAUCCCAGAAGAUUGAUGCUGAAAAAGCAAACGCAGCAAACAUGCAAGAUCUUGAGAAAAUGGUGAAGGAGCAUCAGUCGCAAAAACCAGAAAAGAAGCGCCCCUGUUACAAUACCAACAGAACACCGGCGGUGAAGCGAAUCGGUAAAACUGAUCCUAAAAAACUACUGCUACCAAACAAUCCAGAGCAAAUUGCUUCAACUUCUGCAUUUCAUGUACCAAUGCUUCAAGUCCACAUUUCCGAUUCUCCAUUGAAAUAUGCUGCACCAGCUGCGACAACUUCUGAAAUUUCCGUCCAUGAUCCUCAAAUCAUCGCUUCUGGCAGCAAAUCAAUCGUAGUUGGUUCCGUUGGAUCCGUAUCAUCGCAUCCUUUGGAAUCAAACAAUGAUGAAACUUCCUCCGGUAUGGAAGUCGUGUUCCAAGGAUUUUGUGAGGAUCAGUCGAACGAGAAUUCUGAUCUCCUCGUCAUUAAGAAGCUGCAGGAGGAAAUCGAUAAAAAGACAAGAGAAAUUCGUUUGCUCCAAGAGGAAAAUACAAAACGUCAAUUCGGCAAUAGUAACGGAUCAUCAAUGACCAAGCAAGCCGGUAAACCACUUCCUAAAAAAGUUGUGCUAUCCGAUCCAAUCUCGUCAACUGCUGCGUUCCAUGUGUCAAAGCCUCAAGACUACAUUUCGGAUUCUCCAUUAACUCUGCCCACUGCGACGGCAUCUGAAAUUUCAAUCUACGUUCCUGAAACCAUUGCUUCUGGAAGUAGGCCGAUCGCAGUUGGCCUACGCAUCGCAUCCUGUUAGACCACCCAGCACUACUGUCCAUAGUAAUGACAGUUCUAUAAGCAGUGAGGAAGCCAUUGGGUUGUGUGACGAACAGUUAAACGAGAAUUCCGAUGAAGUAAUUAGAAAGCUGCAGGAGGAAGUCCGGAAGGAACGUUCACUGAAUAUCCGGGUUAUCCAACUUCAGAGUGGUUGUAGAGUGUUUACCAAAAUUCGGAUGACAGUGACUAUCUGUUUACCAAGGAGUUGCUAUUUCAUUUAUUUCCGGAAGGAAUUGGCAAUGCAACAGCGACUGGCAGAGCUUCAAACAACCCUAAAGGACGCUCCAAGGAAGCAUCGGAUCCUGAAUGCAAAAAUCAACCAACCGCUCAGCUA